AUUAUUUUCUCGUGUUUUAUGUGGCAUACAUUUAUGCAUGAUCCAACUCAAGAGUUUAGAUUAUAUGUUUCAAUAAUGUGGUGCAAUAAUGAUAUUUUAAAAGAAGAUGUUUUUUUUAUAAAGAAUGGAUAAUACGUGGAAUUAUUAUUCUAAAGAAUACAAGAAUUUAAUUGCUACCAUGGAAGAAGAUAAUAAACUACAUAGGAAAGAUUCACAGUCGGAUUCGUCAGAAGCUGCUUCAACUAUAAAACACUGGGAUAGUCAAUGGACACCUUCAGAAGGAUAUGAUUCUUCUGAAACGUCUAAUUCAGGCUGUGGUGAGGAAUAUGCUGAAGAUUACCAACACAGAAUAGGAAUUGAUCCGUCUAGAUUUGUUGAAGAUUGUCAUAGUGGUUGUAGGUCUCAAACUUGUCUUUGUCAGGGUUGUCUAUUCGAAUACAAUAGGAUGAUAAAUCUUCAAGGCAGUGUGUCCAAUAUUUGUGGAACACCAAUAACUAAAACUAAUCCAAAUCAUUUAUCAACACUUCCAUCUUUGUAUAGUACACCAUGCUCAAGUAUCCAGAGCGAGCUGCCACGUCAUUAUAGCAAGGAUCAUCUUCCUUUAAGUUGCAAUUGUCACACAAUGUAUCCUUGUCAUAUGCAACAAAUUUCAUUGCCUUUGAAGGAAUGUCAUUUACAUUCCAGUGACAAAACAAAUAGCACUACUUCUCUUUCUGGAAAUUCAGUAGGUCGUUGUGCUGGUUCGUUGGAUAGAAGAAGAAGAAGAUUUAAAAGUAAAACUGAUCAUAAUCAGAGGACUAAAUCGCAUAGUGAUUUAAUAUGCUGUCCUAAAGAUAGACCACAUUACUGUUCUUUACAGCAAUUUCAAUGUGGCAAUAACUCACACAUGUAUAGCUACUAUAGUAAAACUGAGGAACGUCUUCAAAAAUUAGAAAGCGAACGUGGUGCACUUCACAUGGAGGUAUCAGUUCUAUCCGAGCAAGUCGAUGCACAAUCUAGCAAAAUUCAAGAAUUAGAAAAUAUGCUUAAAGAAAAAAAGCAUUCCCUCAGACAAAUGGAAGAAGCUUUACAAAAGGAAGUGUUAUCAAGAAGUGCAUUAGAGACACAAAAACUCGAGCUUCUUAGUUCUCUUUCCGAACUGAAACUCAGGCAGGCUAGCUUAGAACAUGAAAAUUUAGCAUUAAGAAAUACAAGUUCAUUAUCCAAUGGGGAGAGAUUCAGUAGACAUGCCGGUCAAUAUAGCAGUCUUCCAAGGCCACCAACAUCUUCGAAGAAAGGAGUCGCGUUUGGUAAGGUUUCCAAUUUAAUCUCCGGAGAGCACACAACAGUACCAUUGGCUGUUAGAGGAAUUUCUGCGAGAUGUCUAUCAGCUCCUAUUCUAGCGGAAGAAGAAAAAACAGUAAUUGGGGAGUCAAGUUUUCAACCAGAAUCAGCACCACCAAAGCCCCUUGCAGAAUUGUCUAUAGAAGAAGUUGGUGAUUGGUUAUCCCGUAUUGGUCUGGAAUGUUAUGCUGCAGAAUUAAGACGAUGGGGAGCUACCGGUGUAAAAUUAGUUGAUGCAACACCAAAUCAAAUUGAAAAGGAACUUGAUAUCAAAAAUAUAUUACACAGAAAGAAAUUACUAUAUGCAAUUGAAUCUGAGAGAUCUAAUGCAGAGGGUUUUCUUGGUUCGGAGAAGAUGGACAGUGCUGCGGUAUUACGAUGGUUAGAUGAUAUUGGAUUACCCCAACAUAAAGAAGCUUUUCAUAAUGCCAAAGUUGAUGGUAGAGUAUUACAUAGAUUAACAACAGAAGACUUAUUGAAUCUCGGUGUGACAGCUCAGCUACAUGCAGCUAGUUUACGACGAGGAAUUCAGAUUUUGAGGGAACUGAAUUUUGAAUUUGACAAUUUGGAGAGAAGAUCAGUAAGUGGGAACGGUGCAGAUGGAAGUAACGUUACGCUAUGGACUAAUCACAGAGUGAUGGAAUGGUUAAGAGUGGUUGACCUUGCAGAAUAUGCACCCAAUAUGAGAGGCUCAGGAGUGCAUGGUGGACUAAUGAUCCAUGAAGGUCGUUUCACGUCAGAGUUGUUAGCAACCAUAUUAAGCAUUCCGCCUUCAAAAACUCUAUUAAGAAGGCAUUUGACAACUCACUUUAAUCAAAUUCUUGGUAGAGAAGUUGUGCAGCAUAAAAGAGAGAUGGAAAGUACACUUGGAUUCGUACCUUUAACUCUUACGGCUAGAUUGAAGGCACCAAAGAAGUCUCAGUUCACGUUGAAACGUAAAAAGAGUAAAAACGAAGUGGAUUAUGGAAAUCUGGUUUGUCCUUUGGAAGCAUCACCACCAGGUACACCAUCAACAUCUUCGUCAACACCUGGCAGUCCUAAUUUGAACUCACCCUCACUCUAACCAUAUUCACAGAUUCAUUCAAGCAGUCAUCUUAACUAACUCAUCUAGAGGAUACUGGGCAAAAGAAAGUAAUUGGUUGUAUAUGAAGAACAUACAUAAAAUUUAUUUUGUACAAUGAAUGUUUUAGGUAAUUCAUUUUAUACCAAAAAAAUAUUUGCUUUUAUUAAAUUUGACUGACAGACAAUUUUUUUAUUAGUAAAGAGAAAAUAGUGGUGAUAUAAAAAAAUAUAAAUCACGGGUAAACAAACGGGGACCAUUUUUUUACGAAACGAACGUUUAUAUUAACAAUUUUUCUAAUCGAAAUAAUAACAGGACAGUAUAGGUGCCUUGCUAAUGUAUAACGUGUUUAGAUUAUGUCAUGUAUUUUCAAUACAGAUUUGUAAUAACCCUAUAUCAAAAUAAUAAUAAUUGUUCAAUA